GGGGCGGUGGCGGUGCGUCACUUCCGGUGCCAGGCGGCCGCCGGAGCGGAGCGAGGCCGGGCCGGGCCGGGCCCGGGGCCAUGGAGUCCUCGACCUUUUGCCCAUCCAGCCUUCUCCAAGGUGACGACUCCUGCCUCCUGAGACGUUGGAAAACCUAGUUUGGAAGAAGAGUAACGAUACAGUUGAUGCUGAACUACAGCCAAGGAUGAAGCGGCGAGCAUCGGACAGAGGAGCUGGGGAAACAUCCGCGAAGGCAAAGGCUCUGUGUGCGGGGAUUUCUGGGAAUAACGCCAAGAGAGCAGGUCCUUUCAUCCUGGGUCCACGUUUAGGUAACUCCCCUGUGCCAAGUAUUGUUCAGUGUUUGGCAAGAAAGGACGGGACAGAUGACUUUUAUCAGCUGAAGAUUCUCACCUUAGAAGAAAGAGGUGAUAAAGGAAUAGAAACCCAGGAGGAGCGACAGGGCAAGAUGCUGCUGCACACGGAGUAUUCUCUUCUUUCCCUGCUCCACAACCAGGAAGGAGUGGUCCAUCAUCACGGGCUCUUCCAGGACCGAGCCUGUGAAAUCAUAGAAGAUCUCGAAGCCAACAGGAUGGUCAGAAAGAUGAAGAAGCGCAUUUGCCUGGUGUUGGACUGUCUCUGUGCUCACGAUUUCAGUGACAAAACAGCAGAUCUGAUCAAUCUGCAGCAUUAUGUCAUUAAAGAGAAGAGACUCAGCGAGCGGGAGACCGUGGUGAUAUUUUAUGACGUGGUACGAGUGGUAGAAGCAUUACACAAGAAAAAUAUUGUGCACAGAGACUUGAAACUAGGAAACAUGGUGCUAAACAAAAGGACUCACCGGAUCACCAUCACCAACUUCUGCCUGGGGAAGCACCUGGUGAGCGAGGAUGACCUGCUGAAGGACCAGCGUGGGAGCCCUGCCUACAUCAGCCCAGACGUGCUCAGUGGCCGGCCGUACCGUGGGAAGCCCAGCGACAUGUGGGCACUGGGGGUGGUGCUCUUCACCAUGCUCUACGGCCAGUUCCCCUUCUACGACAGCAUACCUCAGGAGCUCUUCCGCAAAAUCAAGGCUGCCGAGUACACCAUCCCCGAGGAUGGCCGGGUCUCAGAAAACACUGUGUGCUUGAUCCGGAAACUGCUGGUCCUGGACCCACAGCAGCGGCUGACGGCUUCUGAAGUGCUGGAUUCCCUCAGCUCCAUCAUAGCGUCCUGGCAGUCCAUGUCCUCGCUGAGUGGCCCUUUGCAAGUGGUGCCGGACAUAGAUGACCAAGUGGCUAAUCCCGAAAACCCCCAGGAGGUGAAGGUGACGGAGGAGUGCUCCCAGUACGAGUUCGAGAAUUACAUGAGGCAGCAGCUGCUCUUGGCUGAGGAGAAGAACACCUUGCAUGAGGCCAAGAGCUUCCUGCAGAAGCGGCAGUUCGGGAACAUCCCUCCGGUGCGGCGCCUGGGCCACGACGCGCAGCCCAUGAACCCUUUGGACGCGGCCAUCCUGGCCCAGAGGUACCUCCGGAAGUAGCUGCCCACGCCCCAAGAGCACGAGCACCACCCUGCAGUCUGCCCUCACCUCGCCUGCUCCAGCCUACAGCAAUACCGGUGUCCCACGACGGGGAAUAAUGUAGCAAUCCCAAGCUCUGUCCAGGGACACGCACUCACACCCGCUCCGGACGGAGAAGACUUUUGGAAAAGCUAGUUUUGGAAGCAGCAACCUCUUGGCAUCUUCUGGAAUCUGUUUUUUAAAAUCGAAGCCUAGAUGACUAAUCUGCUUUUGAUCAUGACUGUAAUCUACCUCUCUUGUCUUUUUAACCAUGCUGUUCUCUGGAUCGAGCAAAGCCCGUGGGAAAGGAGGAGACUUCCAAGGGUGAAGCUGCUGGCACAGAGCCGUGGCCGUGCAGCGCGGCGCCGGCCCGUGGCGCCCGCUCCGUGUGGUUUGAAUAAGCUUGGAUUUAUCAGGGUUUCUCGAAAGGCAGAAUUUCUUGAAACCUCCCACUUCCCUUCAUCUGCAUCAAAUCUGUUUCUGCCCUCACGUGCCGCCUGGUCUGGCCACGCUGGCCAGUCCUGUGUGGCCACCGCUGUGACCGGAGCGCCCGGCCACCGCCUCAGGGCAGCACCGCCUGCAGGGAUCAGAUCCUGUCCCCAGUUCAAAGGUUUUGCAGGACUUGGCCCGCCAGGCCCCUGCCCCCUCUCCCACCUCUCACUGAUUCCUUUAGUUUAUAAGGAUCUAUGAUUUAAUCUUAUUUUUUCAGUAGCAUAUCCCAGGUGCAGUUACAGUUGCAUUAAUUCUGAUUUAGCGUUUCCCCCCCUCUCAGUUGUGGUACAGAUGUAAUAUAUGAGUUAUAAUGUGAAAA